AUGCCGAGUAGUAAAUUACUACCUAGAAUACGUAAAUCUCACGGUAAAAAUGAUGAAUCUACUCCCAGUUCGAAUGCAUCAUCUUCUGCUUCUUCAACAAAAUCAUCGACAAAUUCAAACAGUAUUCCGUCCACUACACAGAAUGCAGUCAUGAGUAAUCGUUCAUCAUCAUCAUCUCAUUAUCAAUCAUCGCCGUUCCCAGGUGAUAAUGAAAAACCAAAACUUGUAUUUCAUUGUCAAUUAGCACAUGGUUCACCAACAGGACUUAUAUCUGGUUUUACAAAUGUUAAAGAAUUGUAUCAGAAAAUUGCAGAAUGUUUUGAAAUUCCAGUGACUACAAUUUUAUUUUGCACAUUGAAUACGCAUAAAAUUGACAUGGGUAAAUUACUUGGUGGUCAAAUUGGUCUAGAUGACUUUAUAUUUGCACAUGUCAAAGGGCAAGCAAAGGAAAUUGAUAUUGUCAAAUCAGAAUCAGCACUUGGAUUAACAAUUACAGACAAUGGAGCUGGUUAUGCUUUUGUAAAACGUGUUAAAGAAGGAAGUAUAAUGGAUCGUUUAAAAAAUUUAGUCAAAAUUGGUGAUCAUAUUGAGAAGAUUAAUGAAAAAAGUUUAGUUGGUUCUAGACAUUUUGAAGUAGCAAAAAUGUUAAAGGAAAUACCUGUGGGUGUAACAUUUACAAUGCGUUUAAUUGAACCAAAUGCGUUUGGAUUUCAUAUUGAGCCGGCAAAACGUGGACGUAAAACGGGUGAUGUUAAAAGUGGUAAUAAAACAUUAAGAUUCAAAGCAGAUGGAAAAGCAACAGUCGAAGAAGUAGACGAUGUAAUGAAUAAAGCAAUUGAACGUAUUAAUGGAAUUUUAGAAAGUUUUAUGGGCAUUAAUGAUUCAGAAUUGGCUCAACAAAUUUGGGAUUUAGGUCAACAUAAAAAGAAUCCAAGUGAUUUUGCAUUGGCCAUUGAUGAAUCAGAAAUUGGUGCAUUUAGUUUUACAGAUGAAUUUAUAUUCGAUUUAUGGGGUGUUAUUGGUGAUGCUAAAAAUGGACGCCUGAAAGAAAAUGAUUUUGAAGAUGAAAGACUCUAA